AUGGUAUACGCAAUCAGCAUUUUUAUCGGAAUCCACACUUCGCUUGCCAUCGUCGGAUGCUUCUUCAAUUUGUUUCUCAUCUACUUGGCAUUGUUCCGAACACCGAGGGUUAUUCGAUCAUACACGACUCUCAUCAUCAAUUUCGCAAUCACUGAUUUCUUCGCAUGCUUCUUCGACUUAUUCGUAGAGCAGAGAAUAAUUCCUGCUGGAACAACAUUGGGCUACAUUUCAAGCGGAAUAUGCAAACAUUUCGGACCAAAAACUUGUUAUGUUGGAUAUAGCCUCAUGCUCCACUGCCUUUCCCAUUCGCUAUGGUCCCUUCUUCUUUCAUUCUUCUAUCGCUACUACAUAUUAUUUAAACCUGCCCCAACACGAUUGAAGCUUGCAGCGAUAAUCUUCACGAUCUAUCAGGUCUCCUUAUUCCAAUUCAUCGCCAUGCUAUUCGGAUACAGCGAUCCGGUUGAAGUGAAGGAGGCGCUCCGCGCCAGAUUCCCCCACCACGAUCUGUCUGGUGUACUAAGCGGCACAUUGCACAUCAUCUCAUUUUCUGUGCUAUUCCCGAUUUUGCACAUGACAGUGCCUAUUGCUCCGGUCUAUGUGUGCAUUCUAAUCCUGCGAAAACUCAUCAUCAAACGAUUGACUUAUAAAGGAAUAAAUGCAUUGACUUGCCAGGCCGCACUUCCCGGAUUCUAUUUUUUCGGUGUCGUCUCGUACGCAAUCGGCCAACUCGGCAUCUACAAUCAUCUGGCGCUCGAAUAUUUCACGUUCUCCUCAUUCCUCUUUAUUCCCUUAUUAUCACCAGUGGCUUCAUUUGUUUUCAUCACUCCAUACCGAAAAUUCGUCAAAAUAAUAUUGUUCAAAGUCACAAGAAUUCAACACGUCGAAUUUUCGUCAGUUCCACAUAAUGGCACUUCGAAUCUUGCUGUGGUUGGCUAG